AUGUUGAGAAGAACGUUGCAAAAGAACUUAACAAGGGCUAAUUUGUUCCAAACAGCCUUCAAAACAGCCCCAUUGUGUUCUCGCAGAUGCUUUUCUGUUCACACUACGCAACAGCAACAGAACCAGGCACAAAGCGUUGAAACUGUGCAAAGCAAAAUAGAUCCUACUACUACUUCAACUGUAAGAGAUUACAAAAAGCCAAUCUAUCUUGACAUGCAAGCAACAAGUCCCAUGGAUCCCAGAGUUUUAGAUGCUAUGCUUCCUUAUAUGACUGAAAUAUAUGGAAAUCCUCAUUCUAGAACACAUCAAUAUGGUUGGGAAUCGGAAAAAGCAGUUGAAAACGCUCGUGAACACGUUGCAAAAUUGAUUAAUGCUGAUCCCAAAGAGAUCAUUUUCACUUCUGGUGCAACUGAAUCCAACAAUAUCAGCAUAAAGGGUGUUGCUAGAUUCUAUAAAAAUAAGAAGAAGCAUAUUAUCACUUUACAAACUGAACAUAAAUGUGUUUUAGAUUCUUGCAGAGUUUUACAAGAAGAAGGAUUUGAUGUCACUUAUUUGCCUGUUCAAGAAAACGGUCGUGUUGAUCUGAAGACAUUAGAAGAAGCUAUUCGACCUGAUACAGCACUUGUAUCUGUAAUGGCUGUCAACAACGAAAUCGGUAUCAUGCAGCCUAUUGCAGAAAUUGGUAAAUUGUGUCGAUCGAAGAAGGUAUUUUUCCAUACCGAUUGCGCUCAAGCUGCCGGUAAAGUGCCAUUGGAUGUCAACGCUAUGAACAUUGACUUGAUGAGUAUAUCUGGUCACAAGCUGUACGGUCCAAAGGGUAUUGGCGCUGUGUAUAUUCGCAGAAGACCAAGAGUGCGUUUGGAACCUGUCCAAAGUGGCGGUGGCCAGGAAAGAGGUUUGAGAAGCGGUACUGUACCAGCUCCUCUCGUCGUGGGCUUCGGUGAAGCUUGUAAAGUGGCCAAGGAGGAGAUGCCGUAUGAUCAUGAAAGAAUUUCCAGGUUAUCAAAGCGUUUGAUUGAAGGCAUUGUUUCUAAAGUAGAUAAUGUUCAUCGCAAUGGCGACCCUGAAUACGGCUAUCCUGGUUGCGUUAACUUGUCCUUCGCUUACGUUGAAGGUGAAUCAUUACUAAUGGCCUUGAAGGAUAUUGCAUUGUCUUCUGGCUCUGCAUGUACUUCAGCAUCGCUUGAACCUUCUUACGUACUUCGCGCAUUGGGUGCUGAUGAUGAAAUGGCCCACAGUUCUAUUCGUUUCGGUAUUGGCAGGUUCACCACUGAACAAGAAAUCGAUUUUGUUGUUAACAAGGUCACUCAACACGUUGACAGAUUAAGAGAGAUGUCUCCUCUUUGGGAAAUGGUAAGAAGCACGUUGUAUUAA